AUAGACUUGACAUGACAACAAUUAUGUAGUGUGCAUCUUACAGUGAUGCGUCAAUUGUUCGGUGUUCGAUAGUAAUAAUAUUGUUGUAUUUAAAGAAAAGAUACAAUAGAAAUAGAUCAAAUGUUCAAAAUGAUUUAUUAAUAAUUGAAGCUUAACCAAUUAACGUGACGUUGACUUACCUCUGUUUACCAUUUCGCCAGAGAAUUUAACACCAGACUUUUCCAAAGUCAUUUUUCUUUUAAUCGAAUGGAGAACUGGCUUUAAACAAUUUCAUGGAAAAUAAUUGUUGUUGGAUCCUGCAAGGGAAUUAUCAUCAGUUAGAGUCUGGCAAGACCAAGUGUCUUUCCAAGAUAAAAGGUUUCUACAAUCAUUCCCUAUCGUAACUACGAUUUGUGGAUAACAAAGGGGUGAAGAUGUGGCAAGACUAUGGCAGAACUUCACGUCUUUGGUGAGCUUGCACAUGCUGAGAAUUUUCAACAAGCUGAGUUAUUCUGCAAGUGGAGCUUUCAUGCAGGUAAUGGUUGGAAACUGAUAAAUGGAAACCCCGAAGGUCAGACUCAAGAAUGCCAGAAUCUCUACACAGGAAAGCCAACCUGGAGUCAUCCCAUUGAUCUUCACUACUCAACUCAGUCCAUCCAGGCGGCACCGAAGCUUUUAAUCCAAGUGUUCUGUCGAGACAAAUAUGGACGCAUUUUAUUCAUCGGCUAUGGGAUUUCCACUAUCCCCUUGACUCCUGGCUUUCACGAGGUCCAGUGCCAUACGUGGAAACCCAUCGGUAAUUGGCAGGAUCGCUUGAGGGAUCGUUUCCUAGGGAUGAGCCUGCAGCUGAAGACUCCAAAUCUCCUGACCAACGGAACUGACAGAUUUGAACUACUAACCGAGAGUGUCGGUACCGUGCACCUACGAUUCCAUAUUUUAACGCAGAAUUUCAGUAAAUUCGGUUGUUUUCUCUAAGUAAAAAGUGCCAGGACAACAGUGCAUAUUCACAAGACAAUUCAUGAGAAAAAGAUGAAAUUGCAUUCAGUGGAAAAUGCAGUCGUCAAUCCCUUAUUGUAUCUCCCUCUUGCUCCCCUCGAUUUUCAUAAUGUCUACAGUUCAACAAA